ACCCCGCCCACUGAGUCCUCCGCUUUGAAACUUCCGGCCUGCCCCGUGAGCCGCAACACUUGCGUUCCGGCCUAGCAUCGAUUCAAUACUGGUGAAGACAAGACGACGAGGGAAAAAAACAUUUGUGAUUAACCCCAAACGAUCGAGGCCUAUUAUAUUGAAACCUAAAAAUGUCCUUAAUGCCGCCUGUGACUUUGAAAGAAGACGACAACAAGAGUCAAGGAGUCGAGAGAAGUUCCGAAUGCCUGAUGACAAGCCAGGAAACUGCAAAGGAAGAAACCCCAAUGGACAACUUGCUCUUGGCAUCUCAAACCAUCCUCGAAAGUGCCCAAAAGCAAGGGAGAUCAAAAUGCCCAAGGUGCCAUGGUUCGAGGAUGUUCUAUUGCUACACCUGUUACGUUCCUGUCGAAACGGUCCCCACCAGAGACAUUCCUGUUGUGAAGCUUCCUUUGAAAAUCGACAUCAUUAAGCAUCCCAAUGAAACGGAUGGCAAAAGUACAGCGGUGCAUGCCAAGCUCCUGGCACCUGAAGAUGUUAUGAUUUACACAUAUCCUUGCAUCCCAGACUAUGAAGAAAUGAGACAUGAAAUUGCUCUGAUAUUUCCUGGUCCUAAUUCCAUUUUAGUAAAUGACAUUCCUCUGUCUUUGCAAAGCAAAUGUGAGAAGAAUGUCAGUAGCGAUAAGGAUGGAGACUCAGCAAUGGCACCAGCCCUCAAGAGUGCCAGAUUAGAGUCAGGUGAGGAUGGCAGCGUGAGUGAACAACAGGUGCACAGCGGGAGUAAAAAUACGCCAUUGAAGAAAAUUAUAUUUAUUGACAGUACCUGGAAUCAGACAAACAAAAUUGUCACAGAUGAGCGACUCCAAGGAUUGCUACAGAUUGAACUAAAAUCAAGGAAAACCUGCUUUUGGCGUCACCAAAAAGGAAAGCCCGAUACCUACUUGUCUACCAUUGAAGCCAUCUAUUACUUUUUAGUAGACUAUCACAAGGAGUUCUUAAAGGAAAAAUACGAGGGACAAUAUGACAACUUGCUUUUCUUCUUCUCGUUUAUGUACAAACUGAUAAGAAAUGCCAGGGGUUCUGCGGGAAAAGAAUAAAACAUUUCCUGUGUCAGUGGAAUAAAAUCAAAAUUUCCAUCAUGA